GUGAAACCAAUUCUCAUUUUCUUUCGAAUUAAGUUUGAAGAAAAAGGAUCAUCAUGAAUGAUUGUAGCUCUAACAUCUAUAUAUUGUUAACGGAAAAUCGUUCAUAAUAAGUGAAUUUGUAAUCUAGAAUAUAAGAAAAAUAACAUGUUAUAAUUGGUUGACUUUUUCUAGGCGACCAAAUACCUUUGACUUUGUUUUAAAGUAUUUUAUUUUGUUCUUAAGAAAUGAGUCUCCUUAAGAAAUCAUCUUCCCCAUGCAAAGUACUAUAAAUUCGGCAUUAGUUCUUAAGCUAAUUAUUACUAGCACAUACCAAAAGCUUAAUUUGUUGAGUUUCCCUUUCAUUAUUAUUAAUGGCUAUGGAUAUCAACUUUCUUCAUUCUAAUUUCACCUUGUUAUCAAUCUUUUUCAUAAUUGUCAUUUCUCUUUUCUUGAAACAUUACAAAAAUGUCCACAAACACAUAACCAAAAAAAUACUUCCACCAGGAGAAAUGGGACUCCCAUGGAUAGGUGAAACCCUAGAAUUUUACAAAUCCCAAAAGAAGAACAAAUUAUUUGAAGAAUUUGUUCAGCCUCGAAUCGAAAAAUAUGGUAAAACCUUCAAAACAAGACUCAUGGGUGCACCAACAGUAGUUGUAUGUGGAGCAGAAGCCAAUAUGUUCUUCAUGUCUAAUGAGUUCAAAUUGGUUAUAAGUUCUUGGCCUACUUCUUCAGUUGAACUCAUGGGAAAGAAUUCAAUUAUGGAGAAAAAAGGCGAUAUGCAUCGAUUUCUACGUGGGAUUAUUUCAUCAAGUCUUACAUCUACUAGCCUAGAUGCAAUGGUGCCCAACAUCUGUAACACAAUUCAAUCACAUUUGUAUAAAAAUUGUCAUGGUGAUCAAGAAGAACGAACGAUUAAGCUUUAUCAUCUUACCAAAUCCUUGACAUUCAAGAUUGUAUUCGAGUGUUUUUUAGGGAUCGUGGUGGAGCCAGGAUUACUUGAAACGUUUGAGGGAGUCUUGGAAGGUGCUUUUUCGCCCCCAUUUAAGUUUCCAGGUUCAAAGUUUUCGAGGGCUAUAAGUGCAAGGAUGAAAGUACAGAAGUUUCUUGUUGAGGUUAUUAGGGAGAAGAGAAAGGAGAUUGAAAUAGGAAAAUCAGACGAGGCAUUGCUUUCGCGAUUGGUGAAAGCAAUGAUUCGUGGUGAAGUUAGUGAAGAUGAAGUUGUUGAUAAUGUUGUUUUGUUAGUGUUUGCUGCACAUGAUACCACUUCUUUUGCUAUUGCUAUGACAUUUAGGAUGUUGGCUCAUCAUCCCUCUUGCUAUUCUCUUCUCCUUCAAGAACAUGCUAACAUAAUGAGUAGCAAAGGACCAGGAGAAAUACUAUCAUUGGAAGACACAAAAAAGAUGAAAUAUACAUGGCAAGUUGCUAGGGAAAGCAUGAGGUUGUUUCCUCCUAUUUUUGGUUCAUUCAGAAAAGCAAUUGCUGACAUUGAAUUUGAUGGAUUCACUAUUCCAAAAGGUUGGAAGGUGUUGUGGACAACAUAUGGUACCCAUAAUAGUCCAGAGUACUUUACAGAGCCCCAAAAUUUUGAUCCAAGUAGAUUUGAAGAGCCUGUUCAGCCCUAUUCAUUUAUACCAUUUGGAGGAGGACCAAGGCUGUGUGCUGGGUAUCAAUUGGCAAAGCUAAAUAUUCUUAUAUUUGUUCAUUAUGUUGUGACAAAAUACAACUGGUCCGUAAUACAUCCUGAUGAACCAAUUGUCAUGGAUCCCCUUCCUUUCCCUUCCAAAGGGAUGCCUAUUAAAAUUUCUCCAAAGUUUUAAUGAAAUGUAACUUUGUUAUCAUAUUGCUUGCAUCCGAUGUAUAUACCAAUUCUCAGGUGCACGUAAGUUUUUACCAUUAGUUGUCCACAUGAGCAAAGUCGCGAAAAAUCUUAUGUCAAUACGCAUUAAUGUUCAUAUUACUCUUUGAUAAUUAACGUUCAGAGAUUCAGUUGAAAAAAAAACCAUGAACAGAAUAUUUGUCUAAAAUGCAUGAACAUGACUGCAACUGUGGAGAAGUGUUAGGAGUUAGGUUCAUGAAUUGUAUAUAGCAAUAGUCAGAACAAUGUUGACACACCUGAGCACUUAUUAACUAAGGGAAUGUCAUUAUCACCAGCCAAGAGUCAUAGAACACAAUUCUAUAUUGGCUUGCAACAUUUGGAAACAAAGUGACAGUUACGUUUAAAUCAACCAAACUAUUAUAUACUACUUAUUCAACUAAGAGAAUGAACUCGUUGACAAACAAUGUUUGUGUCAUCACCUCCGAUAAGCUUUUCAGAUUGACAUAAUACAUAGACAAACACUUAAACUUGCAGAACUAGCAACUAAACACACUAACUUUCAUCUCCAAGUGUCAAUUAAACACUCCAACUUAUAAAAUGAUCAACAAGACACCUUCAAAAUUUAUGUGUCACAUCAGCAUUGGGUAUCUGCGAGAAUACAAUGAGGACAAAGUUGGAGUGUUUGGUUGCCAGUUGAGACCAAGUUGAGAUGUCUAGAUGCGCACUCUCAAAGUUGGAGUGCUUGCUUGCCAGUCAAGUCCGAGCGUCCAUUUAUGUAUUAUGCCUUUCCGCUUCAAGCGUUAACAUCCUCAAUUCGAGAGGGAAAGUUCAUCUAUGAUUCAGUCAGACAAAUGUAGAAAUGAUUGAUAUAGCAUUCUUAUCAUAUUCCAGACAGAAGAAGCAAACCGAUGGAAAUAAUCCUGUAUAAUUAGUUGUGGCCGUAACAAAAAUUGUUCAUGGUCGGGCUGUUUUCUUUUUCCUUGGGGGAAUGGGAGGUGAUGAGGAGAUGAAUUUUUCCCACUUAAUCUAAA